GGCACAUCAUGGAAAUGUACCCAUACAGUAUAUGGUCAGUACUGUUAAAAUGAAACUGAAAAUGGCAGCCUGUUUUCUUAUUUAACUGCCAGGCUGCUUCACCUGGAAGGAGGGCAACAGAACAGGAGAGACAGCCACCCUGCCCUGUCUUUCUUGUACUCGAGCUGGUCUAUUCCAACACUGCCAUUUUUUCUUGGAAGGACACACACAUCUUUGGAGGUACAGAGCCAAUGAAAUGCAGUUGACAUCCAACCAGAAGUGCAAAGAAGCAGUAAAUACCAAGUGCAGGCAAUGUGAAACACAGAAGACCGUCAUUGUCGGAGACUCACUGAAGACUGUCCAUCAUAUUACUUUUAAAAUCAGACCGUUAGACUUGUGGUACUGAACAUUUCAGCAAGAUUAGACAUACAAAAUAUAAAACUUAAGAAACAAUUGUUAACACACGCACUCCCACGUUGACAACAUAGACAUAUAAUGACCACAGUGAAAUACUUGACUUAGUGAUCAGUCAGUAAAACGGGUGGUCCUGCUGAGAUUGAUGAUUACUUGUUGUGGAAAUCCCAUCUUGCUGCAAAUAACAGAACCUGGAGUGUUAUUGACAAAGGCAAAACACUGAUUCCUGUCUGGGAAAUAGUAACAGCUUCUCACAGAGAUGAUUUCACCGAUGUGUCCAAUUUAAGCAGAAUACUGAUGGACACAUACAAAAUUAUCACUGGAGAAGAUGUGGAAGAGGUGUGGGGAGAGAACAUUCUUUCAUAUGAGGCAAAAGCAGAAACACUGAUUCAGUCAGUGAAGACAUGGAGUGUAACCGACUGUAAAUUUCACUUGACACGAUUAUUGGACUUCAAAAACAGUCUGUUUGAGAAAACAGGAUCUCACAGAAUGUGGCUUCUGAAAUGUCUCUCAAAUGAGAUACUUCAAAAUUAUCUAUUAGAAGUAGCUAGAGAGUCCACAGAUAUGAACUUGAGACUUCUAAUGUGCUCUCUGUUGGAACCGGAUCUUUAUAAAGUGGGAAACUUCCCAAACCAAAAACUAAUUAUGAACUGGGCUUACCAAACUGAGGAGGACUCAAAUGAAUACAUUCCUGUGUCUGAUUUCGCAGAACUAGACAGAAUUUUGCAAUGUGCAAAAAAAGAGGUGGAAGACAGCAGACAUGCCUUCAGUUCUUCUGAACAGGAACACAGUGCUACAAGGAAAGCUACAAACACUGUAAACCUUGCACUGAAUUCACUUUGUAAGACAUUGGGAGAUGAUGGCCAAGAGGAAGCAAGAGUGCUGAUCCUAUCGAUAAUCACAGUUAUAGGAUACAGCAGAAAAAAUAAAACAUUCAAUCAUCUUCUGAGUAUAAAUGAAAUCAGAUUCUUGCAGUCUGAACUACAUGAUGCAUUUACCCGCUACUCCUCUCUAAGAGAACAGUGUCCCAUUAGGGUCCAGGCCUACCUGUUGCUGACAGCAUUGACUGUUUCCACUGACAAAGAAAUAAGAAUUUCACCUAGAGAAAAAGGAGAGAGAGUGCAGCUCCUACAAACAGAAAUGAAGGACAAGCUUUCAAAUACCAUUACAUCAGUAGUUGAAAAAAUGCAGAAUGACUGGGAAUUACUGGAAAAUGAAUUGCAUUCUAUCAUAGAGGGUAGGCAGGAGGAAGAAUUAAGCAGGACAAUGAGGAAUGAGGAGGCAACAUGCCAGCUAAACGAUAUAUUGGUGAAGAAAGUGGCACCUUUACUUGAGCUUCCAAAAACAGAUGAGCACAAUUCACCAGUGUAUGACCUAAAUGAAAAGGGUAGAAGCUUUAUGGAUUUGCUUCAGAAGUUGGGUCUAGAAGACUCCUACCCCAAAAAGAUGACAAGAGCCAGUGUUCUUGUCAUAGACAGAUUAUCUCUGAAUGUAAAAGCGCCCAAAACAGAGAAAGACUUGAGUUCCCAUUAUCUAUACAAACUCAUGACACUGGACUACAAAGCCAGGUAUCUGUUUGUAAAACCGGAGACUAAUAACAUGGAUUACAAAAAAGAUAUUGCAAAUGAUGCUGAUGAUGAUGAUGGUGACUUCUAUGAUUGUGUUGAUAAGUCAGUUUCAGGGAAGAACUGUAAACACACACAUAUUCACCCAAUGGAUGUACACAUGGCUAUUUUCCACUGCUCCAGUGACUUCUUGCGACAGUACAUUUACACCAAACUCUCUGCCUGUCAGUUUAGCCUACCCCUCUUAGUGCCCAACCCCUGCACAGAUGAAGUGGAGUUCCCUCUCUGGGCACUCCGACAGAUCAGGAAAUCAUGGCACAGCAAAACACAAACCUGUGGAAAGUACCAUAACAGACAAAUGUUCAAUACGUCAGUGCCAAUUGUUUCCUUUAUCAGACUGGGUGUUUCUGAUUCCAACUCGAAAUCUCAGAUACUGAACGAUGUCAUUAACAAACAAAAGCAUCAUGUGUUUUUUAAUCGUCAUUGCAAAGGCAGCACUUCAGACAGCCUCCUCAUGAAUGGAGUUGUGGAGAUUGCAUGGUAUUGUCCUGGGGGGAAGAAAGAUGACAUAUUUGAUGACUGUGUCGCCUUUCUGAACCUUCAUGGUGAUGCAGCAGAACAUUCAAAACAACUUGAGUUUCUUCAAGCAGUGAGUACGGUCAAUGUUCUUCUCCUUUCAGAGCAUCCUAUGAGUCCAAAAGCUAAAGAGAUCUCCCAGGUAUUAUCCAAGUCUCCUGUCCCCUUGAUUUGCUUGUUCUCAGGCAAGAAUGAAAUCUUGCAGUCAAAGAAUCCUACAAAGGUUAGACUAGCUGCAAAGAAUAGGAAUCAGGCUGAAUUCUCAGAGGAACUAGUGUCAAGUAUCAAACAGUGCAUCAGUGAACAUAACCAGACUGCAAGCAUGGAGCUGUUCUGUGAAGAGGCAAAAAAACAACAGUUCAAUGUGGAUGAAUAUAAACCGUCAAGUCAAGAGGGACAUGCAAAAGCCCAGACAUUAAUGGCUGUUCUGAAAGAUUUGAGUAUGAAAAAUCAUAUGAAGGAUGGUUUGCCUACCCUGAAGGAAACAAUUUUACCCCUGCAAGGUAAAUUAUGGCAUGAUUGGUGCACAAAAAACAAAGAGCAAUAUCGACUUAAAAUGAAAGAAAAAAAUUAUAGUAUUGAAAAGCAUCAGAGUGAAAUCUGGUCAAAAAUGACAUAUCUCCGGAAUGAGCAACAACAAAAAGCCUCUCCUCUCAAUGACUUCAUGAGAUCAUUCAUAGAAUGCUUAACAACACCUGCUCAGUUCGAAGACAUACAUAUAUACAUGUUGCAAUGGCUCAGAAUCCUGCUGGAAGAUCUGACCACUUGUGAGCUGGCAUCUCUUGAAGCGGACUAUCACUCAACUUGGACAAAAAUGAAAAAUGUUCCCAAAGGGAAAGAUAAAGCAUCCUAUGUAUCUCCACUGCAUAAAAAACUGGACGACAUAGCUACUAAAAUGGCAGCCACUACAGUUGGAAUUCAGCAUAUUAUGAGAGAAGUCAGUCAACUCUACGAGGCCAUUAACAUAUCCGAAAAAGGCAGCAUAAACAAUGCAUAUGAAAUGCUUCCAAAACUAGGGGUGACAAUGCUGAUUUCUGGGUAUCCACUUGAACUAAUGGAUGGAGAUGCUGCCCAUGUUCCUUCAGUGUGGAUUAACGCUGUCCUGGAUGAGCUCAUCAAAACCCUUGGAGACAAAAAGGUGUUUGUUCUGUCAAUUCUGGGAAUUCAAAGCUCUGGGAAAUCCACACUGCUGAACACUAUGUUUGGCCUUCAGUUUGCAGUGAGUGCUGGAAGAUGCACCCGUGGAGCCUUCAUGCAGCUUAUAGAGGUGGACUCUAGCAUCAGAAAUGACCUUGGAUAUGACUUUGUAAUCAUUGUGGACACAGAAGGCCUCAGAUCUCCAGAGCUCAGUACAAAGAUAUCACUGAACCAUGACAAUGAGCUUGCUACCUUCAUUAUUGGAAUUGGUGACGUGACAGUUAUCAAUAUCAUGGGUGAGAACCCUUCUGAGAUGCAUGACAUUCUUCAGAUUUGUGUGCAGGCCUUCCUGAGAAUGAAACAGGUUAAAUUCAAUCCUAGCUGCAUUUUUGUGCACCAGAAUGUUGCAGAAUCAUCAGCUGGUGAUAAAAACAUUGAGGGGAGGAGACGUCUCCUGGAGAAACUGGAUGAAAUGGCUCAAAUGGCAGCAAAAGAGGAGAAUGUUGAGGGCAUCACUUGUUUUAGUGAUGUUAUACAAUUUAACAUUGAAUCUCAAGUCUUCUACUUCAAAAAUCUCCUGGAGGGAGACCCUCCCAUGGCUCCAAUUAAUCCCUCCUAUAGCCAGAAUGUCCAGGAGCUGAAGACCAAGCUUCUAACAAUUACAUCAUGGCAGGAGAAAUAUACAUUUUCCUCCCUGACAGAAUUCAAAUAUAGAGUUUCAGACCUUUGGGCAGCACUCUUGAAGGAGAACUUUGUGUUUAGCUUCAAAAACACGGUUGAAAUGAUGGUGUACAGUUCUUUGGAGCAUAAGUUUGGAGUUUGGUCAUGGGAACUAAGGAAACAUUCCCUAAGCCAUCAGACUAAACUCGAAAAUCAAAUUGGCAGCAACCUGAUUCAGCAAGUGACCUUAGGAAAGAGGAGUUUGACAAAGUGUACAACCAAUUGAAGACGGAAAUAGAAAAGUAUUUCACAGAAGACAAAAAUAAAGACAUCCUCAUAAAGUGGAAGGCACAUAUUGAUACACGCUUCAUAAGCUUAAAGUGUGAGUUAAUUGAGGGCAUUAU